AUGGCGACGGCUGCUGGGCGCCUGGGGUCGUGCAUGGUCAGGUGGAAGCUGCGGCCGCUCUUGCCGCCGCUUGCCGGCUUCAUGCCGCGGCGAGCCCACUCGCUGUUGCCCGUGGAUGAUGCCAUCAACGGGCUGAGCGAAGAACAGAAACAGCUUCGUCACAACAUGAGUAAGUUCUUUCAGGAGCAUUUGGCUCCCAAAGCCCAGGAGAUUGAUCAGUGCAAUGAAUUCAAGAACCUUCGAGAGUUUUGGAAGCAAUUGGGGAACCUGGGAGUAUUGGGCAUCACAGCUCCUGUUCAGUAUGGUGGCUCCGGCCUGGGCUACCUGGAGCAUGUGCUGGUAAUGGAAGAGAUGUCUCGAGCUUCUGGAGCAGUGGGACUCAGUUAUGGUGCCCACUCCAAUCUCUGCAUCAAUCAGCUUGUGCGCAAUGGGAAUGAGGCCCAGAAGGAAAAAUAUCUCCCCAAGUUGAUCAGCGGUGAGUACAUUGGAGCCUUGGCCAUGAGUGAGCCCAAUGCAGGCUCUGAUGUUGUCUCCAUGAAGCUAAAAGCAGAGAAUAAAGGUGAUCACUACAUCCUGAAUGGCAACAAGUUCUGGAUUACCAAUGGCCCCGAUGCAGAUGUCCUUAUUGUUUAUGCCAAGACAGAUCUGGCUGCUGUGCCAGCUUCUCGGGGCAUCACAGCCUUCAUUGUGGAGAAGGGCAUGCCUGGCUUCAGCACCUCCAAGAAGCUGGACAAGCUGGGGAUGAGGGGCUCUAACACCUGUGAGCUAAUCUUUGAAGACUGCAAGGUUCCUGCUGCCAAUAUCCUAGGCCACCUGAGCAAGGGCGUGUACGUGCUGAUGAGUGGGCUGGACCUGGAGCGGCUGGUGCUGGCUGGUGGGCCGCUGGGGAUCAUGCAGGCUGUCCUCGACCACACCAUUCCCUACCUGCACGUGAGAGAAGCCUUUGGCCAGAAGAUUGGCCACUUUCAGUUGAUGCAGGGGAAGAUGGCCGACAUGUACACCCGCCUCAUGGCAAGUCGGCAGUAUGUCUACAAUGUGGCCAAGGCCUGUGACGAGGGCCACUGCACCCCCAAGGACUGUGCAGGCGUGAUCCUUUACGCAGCAGAGUGUGCCACAAAGGUUGCCCUGGACGGCAUCCAGUGUUUUGGUGGCAAUGGUUACAUCAACGACUUUCCCCUUGGCCGCUUUCUGCGAGAUGCCAAGCUGUAUGAGAUUGGAGCUGGGACCAGUGAAGUGAGGCGGCUGGUCAUUGGCAGAUCCUUCAAUGCAGACUUCCACUAGCCUGAGACCCUCACCCCUGAUCCCAGCACCUCGAGGCCUUUCUUUGGAAGUGGACUUGGCAGCUCUGCCACCCUGCCCAAGGCAGGCCCUGUUGCUCAGCUGCCCCUGCGUCAGCCCUCUGGGCUCUGUGUGAGGUUGAGUUCUCUACAAAGGCUGCCAGACACCAGGGGCCUCACAGCUGGGACUGACUGUCCCACCAGGAAGUGCUCUGAUUCGCCCAGGCAAAAAGCCUGGCUUUUCUGGGGACUGCUAGGAUAGGCUUUGAUGACUGUGCCUGCUCUCCAUGUUCUGACCC